AGCCAGUGGUAGUCACGUUUUUUUGGCUAAAACCCUGAACUGAACCUCCAAGAAACCUUCGACUUCUUCUUAUAGCUUCUCUCAUUUCUCGCUAUCUAUUACUAUCUCACUCUGCUGCUAGGGGAGAAAAAAUGGCGUCGGUGGCUGUCAGGAACUCGAGUUCGAAGCGCGUGUUCACACUCUCGCCGCGAAUAUACACGUCAUGCUGCCGGGGAUCCGCUGUCUCCUCGCCGUUCUCGGCCGCCGAAUUGCCGAUCGCUUCGCAUCAGGCUCCUAAUCCUUGGUGGAGAUCCAUGGCCACCUUUAACCGGACAAAGCCUCAUGUUAAUGUGGGAACAAUUGGGCAUGUUGACCAUGGAAAGACCACCUUAACCGCAGCAAUAACCAGGGUCUUAUCAGAGGAAGGGAAUGCUAAAGCGGUUGCCUUCGAUGAAAUUGAUAAAGCCCCUGAAGAGAAAAAGAGAGGGAUUACAAUUGCCACGGCACAUGUAGAAUAUGAAACCGCAAAGAGACAUUAUGCUCACGUGGAUUGCCCUGGACAUGCUGACUAUGUUAAAAACAUGAUUACUGGAGCUGCUCAAAUGGAUGGGGGUAUUCUUGUUGUAUCUGCCCCAGAUGGACCAAUGCCACAAACUAAGGAACACAUUUUGCUUGCUCGCCAGGUUGGUGUGCCGUCGCUUGUUUGUUUCCUUAAUAAAGUUGAUGCUGUGGAUGACCCAGAACUGCUAGAACUUGUGGAAAUGGAACUACGUGAGUUGCUUAGCUUCUACAAGUUUCCUGGGGAUGACAUUCCCAUUGUCCGAGGAUCAGCGUUGGCUGCAUUGCAGGGCACAAAUGAAGAAAUUGGGAAAAAGGCUAUUUUGAAAUUAAUGGACGCUGUAGAUUCAUACAUUCCAGAUCCUGUGCGUCAACUUGAUAAACCUUUCUUGAUGCCUGUUGAAGAUGUUUUUACCAUUCAGGGGCGUGGAACUGUUGCAACUGGCCGUGUGGAACAAGGUAUAAUCAAACCAGGAGAGGAGGUGGAGAUUUUGGGACUGUCACAGAACAAAAUUAAAACUACAGCAACUGGUGUUGAGAUGUUCAAGAAGACUUUGGAUUAUGGCCAGGCUGGUGACAAUGUGGGUCUGCUUCUACGAGGCCUCAAGCGUGAUGAUAUCCAAAGAGGAAUGGUAAUUGCAAAACCAGGCACUCUUAAAACAUACACGAAGUUUGAAGCAGAGAUUUAUGUCCUCACAAAAGAAGAAGGUGGUCGCCAUACCGCCUUCUUUUCGAACUAUAGACCUCAAUUCUAUAUGAGGACCGCUGAUGUCACUGGUAAAGUCGAGCUGCCUGAAAAUGUGAAGAUGGUUAUGCCUGGUGACAACGUGACUGCUGUUUUUGACCUCAUAUACCCAGUCCCUCUCGAAGCAGGACAAAGAUUUGCCCUGAGAGAAGGUGGACGAACUGUGGGUGCUGGAGUUGUUUCGAAAGUUAUAAGUUGAAAUAAUGGUUUCCAGGCAGUUUAAUGUGCCCUUUUGUCACGAGAAGAGGCUUUGAAAACGAAGAGAUUAUUGUUUCUGCGGUCACUAAUUUAAUUUCUGUUGGCUGAUAAUCUCACCGCUGCAAAAUGUUUUUUCGUACAUUUCCCAGAUAUUCUGCAAGGGUAAUUGAGAAGAAUACAAUAUUGGUUUUUUAGUGACUGGCUUUGUCCAUAAAGUUCUCGUGUAUUCUUUUCAUCUGUAUCAAUAAUUAAUUUUGUUCUGCGCUCGGUAUUGUUACGAAUUGCUUUGCCGGGCUGACUAAAUGGCAGUGAAUUUAGGACAUUUCGCUGUUCAUGUGUGUGAAAACCACACGAUUCAAAGCCUGAGAGUUUAAAAUA